GGGGCCCUCAGCCCCCGCUGGCCCUCACAGCAAAGCCUAGCAUAGAAGUCCACUCAUCUGCUAGACCGACCAGUGCUGCGUUCACACCCGCUCGUCUGGCUGUUCUUCACCCAAUCAGCCGGUUUCACCACGACGACUGCGCUCCAGAGAGGCGUCUCUGAGGCCAACGCUCCGCACUCGCGCCCAACAUGAACCUCGAGCCGCCCAAACCCGAGAUCAAGUCGGCCACCCGCGUCACCGGCGGCCCCGCCACCCCACGCAAGGGGCCCCCCAAGUUCAAGCAGAGGCAGACCCGCCAGUUCAAGAGCAAGCCCCCGAAGAAAGGCAUCCAGGGCUUUGGAGACGACAUCCCUGGGAUGGAGGGCUUAGGCACAGACAUCACCGUCAUCUGCCCCUGGGAGGCCUUCAACCACCUGGAGCUGCACGAGCUGGCUCAGUACGGCAUCAUCUGAGCCUCCUGCAUCUCCUCCUCCCACCUCCUCCGAGGAUUUAAAGGCCCAUGCUGCUCUUCAAACCGUCUGCCUCAGGCUUCACGUGGAACUACUCCGAAACAAACUGUAACAAACACUAAAAAAAAAAAUGGAAAAAGAGAAAAAAGAAUUCUACAAAAAAAAAAAAAACUUUCUGUUUUUCUAUCUCUGGAUUCUGAUUCUGUCGCUCUCACACACAAACAUCUGCUCGUACUUAGGAUCCGCUCCGUCGCUCCCUCAAAGAAAAACAUGAAUAAAUAAGCCGCUCUCUUCUCUUUCCUCUCACGCUCUGUUCUUCUUCUUCUUCUUCUUCUUCUUCUUCUUCCUCUGUUCUCUUCACGAAACCAAACCAGAAACCUACGCAAGCAAGGCAGCCUCACGUUGAGUUUAAGUGACGAACCCGUGGAGUGGGUGGGUUCCCACUGCGCGUGCUUCGGUGCAUCCUGACGCCGUCGCGGAGGCUUCUCCAUCCACACCGAAGAAGUGAAAAAAAACAAAAAAACUAAAGCCCUGACUUCUGUAGAGAGACGACACCAGCUCGUCUUCUUCUCCCUCCGUCUCCAAAUCCUGGGUCUCAAAUUAUCCAAACACGUCGCACUUCCAUUCAAGCUUGUUCCAACAUCAGCGUCUCUUCGUAUUUGUACCAUAUUUGAUUCAUAUAUGUUGUGUGUUAUUUGCUGUUUCUGUCUCAAAUGCGACACUAUUGUACCAUGUGUGUUUAUAUUUGUCUUUUUAAGCCGUUUUUUUUUUUUUUUUCCAACUUUUCCCUCGCUGUCCUUCAUCUAUCACCAGUUGUUCAGUGCUUGUUUUAUUUUGCUGCCCUCUUCAUGGUCAGAGGUUAGAGGAGGUGUUUAAAGGCGGCAGAGGGACGAGGAGCGGUCGGAUGUUUCAGCGCCGCCGUCACAUCUGCACAGAUGUGUGACGGAGCUUUUGUCCUCUCUACAGGACGAGGGAAAAAAAACAAUAAAGCAUAAAAACAGGAAAAUAAA